AUGGUGAAGUGGUACGAGGUACAACCCGACCGUAGCGAUUCUGGCAGCUAUCCCGACAUUGAUGGCUUUGACAUCGAUGCAGAAGGCGAGACGCUUGUCAAGACCCUGAUGAGUAUCAGGAAGAAGAGGAAUUUCAGUCUCCAUAUCGAAUUGGUUCAACAGGAGGUCAGGUUAAACUUGUGGGUCCCGUGGAUCGAACUCCUGAGACCUGUUCUCCAGGCAUAUGAACGCGAAGGAGGGCAUUUGCGUUUCAAAUGGGGGCAUCCGUUUAACAGGUACGACGACAUAGAGUUUGACCUCACCGAGGUGCUCAGAGAUACGAGUGGAAGUGAACAGUGGAGGCAAGAUGCGAGAGAAUAUCUGGACAGUCUGGAUGACUAUAUCCUCAAGGAAUAUCACGAGGAUCCGUGGAUCGCAUUUUCGGAACGCCAUUACCUUAUCGAGAAUGAGCCAGAUUAUGACCCCAAGAAUUAUGCUCAUCCUGCGCUCAACACUCCGCCCGGCUUCUAUCCUGAUUCAUCAGAAUAUAGCGAUAGCGAAGAUGAUAGCGAAGACGAUAGCGAAGAUGAUGCUAGUCAAGACGAUGCUGGCGAAGACGACCCCAGCGAAGAGGACUCAAGCGCAGACGACGCUAGCGAAGACGAUGUCAACGCGGACGAUGCUGGCGAACAUGUCUCUACUGCCGCAGUCUCUACUACAGAUUAA